UGUGUUAUACAUCCCUCCCCCAUCCUGGGUACCAGUUGGGCGCUUUCGGGUGCUGGAGGUUGAAGAGAUGGAGCAGCUUCCUCAGCAGCGCCCAGCCCCUUAAGACACUGCUGCCCUGAGCUGCCUUCCUCCCCGCAGCCUUCAGCAGGAAUGGAGUGAAACGGACUCCUCUACUUGGCCCCCCCGCCCCCCGGAUCAGCAAUGGAGUUAAAGCAAUCUCUAUCUGUUCAUCUGGAAGCCGAGAAGCCUCUGAGGCGCUAUGGGGCGGUGGAGGAGACUGCAUGGAAAGCGGAGGGACUGGGAAGCCAGCUGGACAUCAUCUCUAUGGCUGAGACCAGCAUGAUGCCGGAGGAGAUUGAGCUGGAGAUGGCGAAAAUCCAGCGUCUCCGUGAAGUUCUGGUCCGUCGAGAGUCUGAACUCAGGUUCAUGAUGGAUGACAUUCAGCUCUGCAAGGACAUCAUGGACCUAAAGCAGGAGCUGCAGAACUUGGUUGCCAUCCCAGAAAAAGAAAAAACCAAGCUGCAGAAACAGAGGGAGGAUGAGUUAAUCCAGAAGAUCCACAGACUGGUACAGAAGAGAGACUUCCUGGUGGAUGAUGCUGAGGUGGAACGGUUAAGGGAACAGGAAGAAGACAAGGAAAUGGCUGAUUUCCUGAGGAUCAAGUUAAAACCUCUAGACAAAGUAACCAAGUCUUCAGCCACUUUUCUAUUGCUGCAGGCUCCCGGGCAGAGAAGAAGGCAGAGCCCCCACCUAGCAAGCCAACAGUGGCCAAGACAGGGCUGGCACUCAUCAAGGAUUGCUGUGGCGCCACCCAGUGCAGCAUCAUGUAGCCCCUUUGUGGGGUGCCCUGGAGCCGUGGGAACCCUUCCUCCCACCCUCUUGUCCUCAUAGCCCCCAUUUCACAGGGGUCCAAGAGCUUUCCGAGGCAGAAGGCAUUAAAGGCAAGCCCAUGCCUGCUAUUAGGGGCUAUGGGCAUGGCAGGUGGGCCCAGCCACUGCUGUACAGAGUGUAGCAAUAGAGAGCCCCUCACCGUCGCAUGGCCCUCCCCAGAGCAUGCCCAGUCCAGGAGUCUGUCUCAUCAUUUAUCUAGCCACCUAGAAAGUCCCUCCCUUAAAACAGUAUACCUUCACUUUUAUCUAGGUGUAUCUAAUCUACCAUGCGAAUGAACUGGGAAAGGGGCAUAACCCCCAGGUGUGUAUAGCUGUGAGUUUCAAUAAUCUAGCACCACGUUGGACCCAUCCCCCAUCCACCUUCCCAGCUUUGCUGUCAGAAACAAGUCCUGUUCCCUGUUUGUCUUCUCCCAGGGACUGCAGCCUGGAGGGAUUCACACAGCCCACACACCACCUCUUAGGCUCCACUGUAAUCACUUUCCUAGAGACACUGGCCUGUCUAUGAAGGCUGAGCUUGUGUGUGGUAUUAGGUUUACACCUCCUGCUCCCUCCCACCAUGUAUCUGGGCACAGUUCACACCAGGUGCGUAGUAUCUGCCAGGCUCCAGGCUCUUCCUUGAUUUGCCAUGUCCAGCCCACAGUGGAGCAGGGUGGGAAGGUGUGGCCAAGAGCAGAUCCAGUGCUUGGAGCAGGUAGCAGAGAGCUGCAAAUACCAAUGUCAAGGCCAGAAUGGAUGAGAAAAGGACCCAGAAAAGAUGCCAUCCCACAUUCUCUUCACCCACUGAGGGCUGCUUCAAGGAGUACACGUGGAACGUCACCCUGCUGGCCCAGCACACAUCUCUGUAAACAAGAAUUGACAGGCAAGAGAGGAGGCCUGAUCCAACUGUGUCCCAUUGUCUGGUGGCGUAUUUGAACCAGCCCCACAAUUCCUCCUGUGUAACUUGAUGUACAUUUGCCAUGGCCAGCCUGGCACAGCCUGUGUGACCUCUGUGCGUGUAUGUGUGUUAUGACUGGCCUAAGUAGUUAGCACCAGUCAAGAUUUGCUGAUGUGCAAACUAUCCAUCAGAGAAAAUAAAAAGAAAAAAAAAAA